CUCUGGGCCCCACCUGCGGGAGCUGAGGAGGCACGGACGCAAGCCGGCCCGCUGGCCACGCGGCAGAGCCAGAGGCCGGCGCGCGAUGGAGCCGGCGCCUGACCUGGGGCUCGGGGACUCGUCCCUGCACCGCUACCUGGACGGCGAGUUCUGGAGCCUCAAGAAUGAGCUGAGCAGGCUCCUGGGCGGCUGCCCGCUCUUCCGGUACAGGUAUGAUUUAAGUUUGGAUGAAAUGAGAGCUUUGACAAUUCAGAGAGUGAAUUUUGCCAUGGGUCUACCUCUGAUAAAGCGUGCAGUUCAGGAACAGGCAGAGAAAACAAAGAAUUUUGUCAGCCGAAGCCUCGUCAUAGGAGAAGUUCUCUCCAUCGCAGACAUGGCCACAGGAGUGAAGUGUGGAAUAAUUUAUUGGCUAUUCGGUGGUGCUGUCAGGACUCUUGGAAGCCCUGGACAUGUUACUAAGUGGUUUCAGUCACUCCAGGAGCAGAAAUACACAGCGAUGUUUGCGAUGACUGAGAGGGGCCAUGGGAGCAACGUGAGAGGGAUCCAGACCGAAGCCACCUUCGACCUCUCUGCACAGGAGUUUGUAAUUGACACACCGUGUGAGAACGCCGAGAAGAUAUACAUCGGAAAUGCCAUGCAUGGGAAUUACGCGGCGGUCUUUGCCCAGCUCAUCAUAAAUGGAAGAUCUCAAGGGCCACACUGUUUCAUCGUUCCUGUCCGGGAUGAAAACGGAAACUUGUACCCAGGAGUGACAGCUAUUGAUAUGAUGUACAAAGAAGGUCUGCAAGGUGUGGAUAAUGGGAUUUUAAUAUUUGACAAGGUUCGGAUUCCGAGGGAGAACCUGUUGGAUAAGUUUGGUUCUGUGGCUCCAGAUGGACAGUACCACUCACCUAUUAAGAACAAGAGUGCAAGAUUCAAUGCGAUGCUGGCAGCACUGACCCCUUCAAGAUUAGCUCUGACUUUCCAAGCUAUGGGUGCCAUGAAGCUUGGGUUGACGAUAGCCAUUCGCUAUAGCCACAGCCGGAGGCAGUUUGGGCCCAAAGCCAAGGAAGAGGUGAAGAUCAUUGAGCACCAAACGCAGACCCUUCGGCUGAUGCCUCACCUGGCCACGGCCUUGGCUCUGACCUUUGCCAGCAGGUACGCAGGGGCCCUCCUGGACGAGGACAUCUUCCAGGGGAAGGAGCUGGUCAACAGCUGCUCGCUGCAGGCCCUGGUGGCAGGGCUGAAGGCCUACAGCACCUGGGAGAACAUCAGCUGCCUGCAGGACUGCCGCGAGUGCACCGGAGGCAUGGGUUACAUGAUGGAAAACCGAAUCUCAGGCUUAAAGUGUGACACAGAUGUGUUUGUCACUUUUGAAGGUGACAACGUUGUUAUGCUUCAGGUUGUGGGGCGGGAACUGCUGGCCCAAUACACCAAACACUAUGAAGAAAAACCAAUCUCUGGCCUGCUCCAAAACUGGGCUGAGUCUAUGGGUGACAAGCUGAGAACCAGUUUCCUGGCAUUUAACAUGGAUACGGUUGGUAAUCUCGCCUUUCUGUUGAAAGCAGUGAAUUUUCGUGAAAGGGUUCUACAGCGGGGUUUGGUGGCCAGAAUUUAUCAUAAGGUGGUGACCAAGAAGGAGGACUUUUUCAGUGCCUGGAACUCGUGUCUGCACCACGUGGUGUCCCUGUCUCUGGCGCACACUCACCGAGUUAUCUUAGAGCAGUUCUCCCUGGCAGUGAAGAGCUGUCCCGACCAAGAGGACCAGGCUUUGUUAAUGAAGUUUUGUCUGUUAUAUGGGACCAGGCUGGUGUUCCAGGAGCGGGCCUGGUAUUUAGAACAUAAAUACUUGACUCCUACGGCCAGCGUGAGAAUCCGGAGGCAGUUGCUGGAUUUGUGCGACUCGGUGAAAGACGAUGCCCUGAGGGUGAUCUCCGCCUUUAACAUUCCUCACACCAACGUCCACGCACCAAUCGCAGGAAUCCCCAACCCGCGGGCCGCCUGGGCCUUCUACCCUGCGCCACUGCCCCCGCUGGCCCGGGACGCGGCGCGCUCUCAGAGGCCAGAGCUGGGAGCCAAGCUAUAACGGGUGUGGCGGGAAGUGUAGUGGCCUGCGCGCAGCUGCCACGACGCUCGCCUCACUGAUGCCUGGAGCUGAGGCCGGGCUGGCACGCGCUGGGCCGCUGCCCUCGGGGAUUUUGGUCCGGGAGCAGAGGUCCCGCCGAGGCUGAAGAGGCGCGCGGCGGACUGUUGAGAAAGGGAGCCAGGCGGUCGCCCGGUGUGCGGCCCUUUAGCCUAUCCCUGUAACCUCACCUGGCCUGGCCGCAACCUUCCCUAGCUUCGGGGCACCCGAUCCCCCUGGACAAUCAGGGUGGGCUCCCGCUCAACCGCGCGAGCUUGCCCCGCAGCCGGGUACCGCCAAAGGUCUCCUGCGGUCAGCGAUGACUCAGAUUCUCCUAGCGCCCCCCCCCCCGCCCCCCGUGAUUUCGAAAAACUCUGGUGCUGGAUGAAAAAAAAAAUCACUCUCAGACAAAAGAAAAAAACCUCCAGUCUUUCUGAGCGCGGGCAAAAAGGCUCAUUUCAGCAAACGGUGCUUUUCCAGUUAGUUAAUCAGACCCUCUAGUCCCCCCUGAGGAAAUGCAUGGACGGCGAAAGGGAGUGGGAGCCUGGAGUUUUGCUCUCGGCAAAGCAAGAACUAGGGCUUGUCCUCCCAGACCCGCGGUUUCCGGGCCGCAAGACAACGCGCGGGAAAACAUUUUACCAUAUAAAGCGGUAAUCUGUCCUUUAAAAGAGCACUGAUACAAAGUUUCAUAAGUUAAGCGAUGUGGAAGGCGCUCCUGCUGCUUGCAGCGGACAGAGGGGCGGGUUGGG